GAACUUAAUGAAUGAAUGAAUGUUAAUGUUUGCUUUCCCUUUGUGAGAUUCCUCACGUUAUUCUCAUUGAUCCAAAUUUUCUGCAGACGUCUCUCUGACAAAGAAAUCUGUUUUGGUUCUUCUUAAUCAUGGUGGAACCGUGCGAGACACGUAACAAUGGUGAAUCAUAUCAGAUGGUUAGAUAUAACCAUCACAAUUCAAGAAUACCAUCAUCAUCAUCAAUAGCAUCGUUAUCAUCAUCAUUGCUAGAUUUGAGAGUGUUUUAUGUCAGAAUCAACAACUUCAAGGUGGAUGAAUCCACACCAGAGAUCCUCACAAUCACUCACAUCCCUCUUGAUCAAGAUUCACUUCUUGAGAUCAACGGUGUUCGAACAAGCACCGUUUCCUCUCAGCUAAGGAGAGACCAUGUUGAUAAGAUAUCAGAAGCAGCUACUUUCAUCAGCACAGACAACAUCAGGUUAUCUGGUAGUGUGAGGUUUGAGGUUUACGACAGAGAUGAGCUUGUUUUGUCUGGGACGUUAGAGAUGAUGUCUGGUAGUAAUGGUGAAUCUACAAAGCAGUGGAACAUGAACUGUGAAGCUGAGAUUACUGCAGGGUGUGGUUUCUUGAAGGAAGAACAUGUUGGUUGUUCGGAGUUGUCAUCUCUGUUGCCAAGUGUUGAAGUGUAUGUCACUGGUUGCUUCUCAGGAACACCCAUUAUUUUGACCAAGACAAUACAGCUUGGUUUCAGAAAGAAGCAUCAUUAUAGAGAGACUGCGUUAGAUUCGAUUCCUGAAUAUGAGCCUCAAAAAGGCAGUUCCUCUGAGCUUGAUUUUCAGGUAACAGAAUAUGGAAGAUAUAAACAAGAAUAUGAAGGAGAAUAUGAUGAUGACAUGUAUAUGAGGAGAGAGUAUGGAGAUGGUGAAGAUGGAGAAAUGUCAUGGUUCAAUGCAGGUGUGAGGGUUGGUGUGGGGAUUGGGCUUGGUGUAUGUGUAGGACUCGGCAUUGGAGUUGGACUUCUGGUUCGUACUUAUCAAUCAACAACCAGAAACUUCAGAAGAAGGCUUAUCUAGUAGUUUCACUCAGAUCGCCCUCUCUUACUCCACUGCAGAUCUCAUAAGCUUAUAUAGUUAUAAUAGCUAAGCUUAUAUAGUUAUAAUAGCUAA